AAUUUGCGAGUGCGGAUGGGUUCGAGAUCGGGAAUCGUGACGGCCGGAAUAGUCGAUCCUAGGUCGGGAAGCGUUAAGUGUGUGUGCAAGUGAAUGGAAGAUAGGAUGAAUCAUGGAUCUUUGACGCACCGUUUCCAACAUAAGUAUUGCAAAGAUCAACCCUGAUGGUACGUAUCAGCAGUUAAUUGCCUCCUAAUCCACAAAAGGAACAAGUGCGCGAAUAAUAAUGUGUGCCUCGUGGAUGCCACUUCCACCGCCGCAAGAACAUCGGAACAAAAGCGAAUCAAAACAAAAACAUUCUCAUGAUGUCAACAAAUUCCGAACGCACCAGUCACCCGGCAGUUGUUAGGUAUGCUGUUCUAAACGAUCAUAGCAGAUCCUCGGAAUUAACUUCGGCGCCGCUUUCGACGUCAUCGCUGCUGGAUCCACUGCUACCAUCACAACCACCACCAUCAACCUACCGGCGGUGUUCGACUCCAGCUGUAACGAGCAUGCAAGGUGUAAAAUUGGUUGCACAUAUUUUGCCGCAGGCCGCCGUAGCCGAUGUCGAUGCGCGAAACAAAUACAUCUACCGAGAGGCUGCUGAUGAUGAUGAUGAUCAUGAUGGUGAUCGUGAUGACGAUGACGACGGCUGCGAUAGCAAGUGGUGGCAGCCUCGGAGUCACGCUGGUGCAAUUGGAAGCGACAGUAGUGUGCAAUUGCUCGACGACGACGACGACGGCGACGGCAACGGUGAUGAUCGCGAUCGAGUGCAAACCGAGCACGGCUGGUGUCCUAACUUCUAUGAGAAUGUCGCAAAUGUGGCAUUCGAGCGGCAAGCCUUCGGUAGUGGUUACGGGAAGCUGAGAAGAUGCGAGGAGAACAUUUAUGAGAAUAUUUGUGAAGACUGCGGCCGGUUGUAUAGUGCGGAAAAGUGUGCCUUUUGUUCGGUUGAGGACGAACUGGAAGUUGAUCGGACGAAGAAAGUCGGCAAAUAUAGUGCAAAGUUUCAGGAAUUUUUCGGAAAUUUUCGAAUAAAACCAGUGAAAUUUGGCGGUAGUGGUGGGACGAUUCAGGGUAAGCGAAAACUGUGCAAAAGUGACAUUGUGCACAAUGUGAACGGGUUCGAGGAUGUGUUUCGAACAAAUAAAUCGUUUGACCUUGGAGAGAUCUGUCGGAUGCGGGAUGAUGCCCGUUCGGAGGUGAUCGUUGAUGUGACUAAGGAUCCGCAUACGCAACGCUCCGGACUAGAUCGCGCGUCUCGGCCCAAAAGCGUCGAUCAGUUGGCGGCAACGGCAACGGCGACGACGGCUGAACGCAAUUCGCAGUCCACCGCCAGUCAAGCGGCAACAUCGACCGUAACAGCAGCAGCGGAGGAGAAAGUGCGGCUGAAAGUGAGAAGUGCCAGUGAAAAUUUGAUCGAUUUUUCCUCGGGACGGCAAAGUGAAGGUAUUUAUGAAAAUUUGGUAGCAGUCAGUGAUCGGUGCCGGUUCGGUGGCAUCAACGAUUUAAGUGCUAGUGAUGUUUUACCGCCACCACCAGUGCCACUGCCACCACCGCUACCGUCGGUCAGUGAGUGGAUGAGAUCACUGCUGGCCGAAACUGAAGAUUACUUCGACGAUUGUGAGGUGACUUAUCACGUGAAAAGCAUUCCGUCCGUAACGUUUAAUGAUGUGAGUGUGGGUUAUUGUGGCACUGCAAGAAGAAAACUCGAACUGAACGGUGACAAUCGGUGCAGUGAUCUGCGGUACAAAAUUGAAGAGUUUCGUCAGAACAUUAAGAACCAUCAACCAGUCAGGCAGUGCAAGUUGCAACCGGAUGAGCUGCUGGACCCAGUCGUGAUAACCUUUCGUACUUCGAUUUUCGAAGAAGCUGAAGGUACGGAAGAGGGUCCGCGGGACAAAUCGGAGUUUGUUUCUGGCUUGUUGAAUAUUUUCGAUGCCGUCCUAAAUCAAGAGAAGGAAGAAGAGCCACGUCAAAAUAUAACCGCUGAUACGAAUGGCCAUGCAAAUGACGUGAUAAGACCGUAUCGGGCGCAGGUAAACGAGCGCGAUAGCACGGCGAGCUACGUUCGGUUAUCGCAAAGCAAACAACACCCCGCAAGAGUCGCUAUAAAUUGUUUACUGGUGCAAAAGCAUUUGCUGGAAGUUAGUUUGUGUCGUGUUGUGAUUUCAUACGAACGUCGACUGAAAGUGUUCCUACUGGUCGACGCGGUCGCUAAGUUGUUGCAACGCAGUAGUAAAGUGCUGAAUAGGCGCCAAACCUACCUCAGAAUCAUGGGCGAUUAUUGCGCCAACUCGUACAGUCCGUUACGCGAAUCGGUUGAGAUCGACCGAUAUUUCCGGUUCCUGGAAAACAACGAAUCUAUGAUUAAUUUUGCGGCAGCCAAGAGGCGCCGUCGUCGUAGAGGUGAGCUUAUAAAUCCCGAGCUUCAAAGCAAUUCGUCAAACGAAAUCAGCUGUAGUAGCACCACGAGUGGAGUGCAUUCCGACUGUGGAAUGCCGGUGGAAGAGCACAUAUAUCAACCCAUUUGGACUUGCAAAACUGAAGGCUCUGAACCUGUAUAUGAAUCUCCCCGGGAACACAUCUAUGACUAUAUUAAGGUGCAAUCGGUACGGGAUGAGCACGAAUGGAAGGUGGUGGAUGAUUUCGCCUUCUCGAAGAGCAAUCGUCGAGCAAUUAGUCAUCGGCCGGCUCCACCGAUUCCGAACCGAAACCUACGCCAUCCACUGGAUCGGUACCGAAACGUUUGCAUACUGUACAAUCCGGCAGAACCGGCUAGCAAUCGAAUCGUGUACAACUAUCGGCGUGACUACGUCUUUGACUACCGCGUCAAGGGUGGUGACGAAUCGACGGACUCAGGUGCGUCAUCGUCCGGGGAAGAAGCGGAGGACGACGACCUGGAGUUUUGCGAUAGCUGUGCAGAAUCGGAUGCCGAUGAUGAGGAGGAAGACGAGCGGAAGCAUUCUCGCGGUGUAAUUUCUGCGGAAAUCCCAAGUAAAUACAGCUGCUACUCGAUACCGGACUGCGUCCAGUAUUGGAAGUUUAUGCUGCUGAAUGUCAACUACAAUGACGACGAGGAGGAUGUGAUUAUGACCGAAAAGACACUAACCGUCAUUGCGCAAAAUGUCGACACAAGUCUACCAAUUCCUGCGGGAAACAGCAGUCCCAAAGUACUUCCCCAAACGCCCCCGUCGCCUUCGAUACCGAAUCUUCACCAGGGCCUUAAGUUUACCGGUACUACAGUUAAAAGCAUAUCGCACAUCGCCGUUUCGGACAGCUGUCCCGGGACGUACAAAUCGAAAAGUAUCGAAAACCUGUCGGAUGUCGGUUCCCAGACGAAGGAGAAAUCACCAACCCCGGGGAAGCGGGAACGGUUGCGGAAUAUCCUGAAGCCAGUCAGUUCCAGCUUUAUGCGAAAUUCCGAGGAUGGAUUGGUGUUCGGUGUCGAGCUGGAUCAGGUGGAACGUGACGAAGUCCUUCAGGUGCCACGAUUUAUCGUGGAAGUGGUGGAAAUUCUAGAGAAAACGGAGUACCUCGAAACUAGUGGACUGUACCGAGCUUCGGGGAAUAAGAAUUCCAUUGAAAACAUCAAGAAGAAGAUGAAUGAGAAACGAUCGCCGAAAAAGUACGACUGUCUCAAGAAGCAGGACGUCCACUCGCUGACGGGGUCGCUGAAGCUGUUCAUUCGAGAGUUGAAAUCACCGCUGAUACCGAGGGACGUGUACGAACAGUGUGUUCAGAAAACCAAAGAUGAAGCUGAAACCAUUGAAAACAUCAAAUUAGGGUUAGAACGAAUGAAAAUUAUCAAUAGGAAUACGCUAAAGUACCUAAUUCGUCACUUGAAAUGCGUUCAUGAGCAUAGCCACGUGAACAUGAUGAACUCGUCCAAUCUGGCCAUCGUAUGGGGAGCGUGCCUUUUUGCUUCCACGCUCGGUCUGAUGGAGAGCUACGAGAACAAUGACUUAGGUAGGAUUAAUACGCUUGUGAAGCAGUUGGUUGAUCAUUACAGUAAGAUUUUCUCCAGUGAUAAGUGAAAGGACCAUUAGUCAACAGACACACUCUUUUUUUCGGUUAGCUUGUUGCCUUUUUAUUGUAUAUUGUAAUGUAAUUUACUGUAUUGUUGUAGGUUAAAUAUUGUUAUACAAAAAAAAAAUGCAGAACGA